AGAUCUCCGCGGAUAUAAGAUCAGACAAUCAGCCGGUGAUACGACCAAGUGGUGACACAAUUAAGCGGCGAUACGAUCAAGCGGUGAUAUAACUAUGGCAAAGAAAAGAGUAGUAGAGACAGUUGCAGCAGUCAAGCGGAUUAAGACCGAACCCGUAGAUACAAAACCUCGGUAUGUGAAAUAUCUCGAUAUUGAACACCCCAACGUGUUUGCCAAGGCUGACCCAGCUGAUGCCUCGGUUGGACCACCAAACUGGGUCGAUCUCUACAACAGAGUAGUCGCUAUGCGUGCCAAGUUCAUGGCGCCAGUAGACACCCAGGGAUGUGAACGCAUGCCAGAAACCAUCUCGCCCGGUGUGUCCCAGCUGAACUCGAAGGUGUACCGGUUCCAAUUAUUGAUAUCGCUCAUGUUGUCCUCGCAAACCAAGGACGAAGUCAACUUUGAUGCCAUGACAAAACUACACAAAGCCAUGCUUGAAAAGGGGUACAAAGAUGGCCUCUGCAUCGAAGCAGUACUAGCAACUUCCGAAUCCGACAUUGAUAAACUCAUCGCCAAAGUAGGAUUCCAUAACCGGAAAGCAGGCUAUAUAAAACGAUCAUGUCAAAUGCUUAUAGAUUCGCAUAAUGGCGACAUACCUACAACCAUCGAAGAGAUUACCGCACUCCCUGGUGUAGGACCAAAAAUGGGAUACUUGCUUCUACAAGCUGGUUGGGGGAUCAAUUCCGGUAUUGGAGUAGAUGUGCAUCUCCACAGGCUAGCUCAGAUGUGGGGAUGGGUAAGUAAGAAAGCAACCACUCCAGAAAAGGCCAGAUUGGAAUUGGAAGAUUGGUUACCAAGGCAAUAUUGGAAGGAUGUUAACCCGCUAAUGGUUGGAUUUGGCCAAGUGGUUUGUGGGAGUAGAGCAAAAAACUGUGACGUUUGUAGUUUAAACACUAUGUGUGCUGGUAAGGACAGAAAGUUAGCAGGGAAAGAAGUUUCCAAGGAGAGAUUGGAGAAGUUGAAAGCUCAAAGAGCAGAUCUAAGUGUGUUGGUAGAGGAGGUCAACGUUAAACAAGAGAUCAAACAAGAAUCUUUACUUGUAUAAUUAGCUACUUUAUAGACAAUGCAAAUUAAAAACAAAAAGGAGCAUAUCAAGCUAGUUCUUAAUCUAUUUAUUGUUCGAUACUUUAAAUGUACUUCCCUUCUUUACAAAGAGAAUAAAAUAUACUCAGUUCAUUCUUCAACAAAUUGGCAGGAGUGUCAAACUCAGCAACAACCCCCUUGUCCAACACCAAUAUCUUAUCACUGUCCAUAAUAGUGUCAAUUCUAUGAGCAAUAGUCAAGAUUGUCUUAUCGACAAACUCACUUCUAAUUGUCUCUUGAAUAAUCUUAUCCGUUUGGAAGUCAACAGCAGCAGUAGCUUCAUCAAGAACCAAUAUCUUGCUGGUAUCAUUCAACAAAGCUCUUGCCAAACACAACAACUGCUUUUGACCACUGGAUAAGUUACUACCACCUUCUUCAAUCAUAGCAUCAAGACCAACUUUUCGAACAAGCUCUUCCUCCUUCUUUUUCUUUUUCUUCUCUUCCUCGCUAGGUUCAGUAACCAUACUCUCCACAUGUUGUUUCAAAUGGGCCAACUCUAAUACACGCCAGAGUUUAUCAUCAGUAUAUUCACCAAAUGGAUCCAAGUUCUCACGAACACUUGCACGGAAAGUAUGUGCUUCUUGAGGAAUAAUCGUCAAGUGGUGUCUUAAAUCGUACAACCCAAUCUGGCUAGUAUUCACCCCAUCAAUCUCAAUCGACCCCUCAGUAGCUUCAAUGAUUCUGAAAAGCGCCAUAGAAAGACUGGACUUACCAGCACCUGUUCUACCAACAAUCCCCACUUUUUCCUGCGGUUGAAUAGUAAUAUUGAGAUGCUUAAGCACCGGGUCGAGAUGAGCACGGUAGGCGGUGGAGUAAUCAUUGAACUUAAUAACCCCCUUGCUGGGCCACGAUGGAUCAGGACGAUUGGAUUCAAUAAUCAUGGGUGCUUCACUAGGCAAAUCACAAUACUCGAUAAUACGUUCCACAGCAACACCAUCCCCUUGCAUUUCCGCCCAGUAACGAACCAAAGCAUUAAGGAUAUAUGUGAUGGUCAAUGCAUAUGUCAUAAUGAACCCAAGAACACUAGGAAUGAUCGGAUGCUUACCACCAAGAGUAACAACAGCAAGCAAGGCACUGGCAAACAUGAUUGUCGAUGACACCGAUUGUAAUCUCAUAGAUAACCAACGAUUACUGUUUUGAAUAACCACCCCAAUCAACGUCUUGUCAUCAAUCAACUUCUUCAGCUUAAACACAAAUCUGUCUCUUUGAGUGAAUGCCUUGAUCGUAUCCACACCAUUGAUAGUUUCUUGGAUAGUGGCCAACACGGGAGAUUUAGCUACUGAUUCCAAACGUUUCAAUUCUCUGGUGGUUGGAAUGAAUAUAACUCGGAAGUAAUUGUAAACUACAAGUAAUCCACUGAUAACAAACAACAUUACUGGAAGCGUAGACACAAUGAUACCAAAAGUAAUUAUACCAUUCAAAGCAGUAGUAACAAAUCCAAUCAAUAACCAAGGCAAAUUCAUAUCAAUCUUUCCAAUAUCUUCCGUGAAUCUAUUCAAAAUUCUUCCCACAGGAGUAGUAUCAAAAAAUGACAUUGGCGAACGCAACACUGAAUGGGCCAUCUUAUUAUGGAAAUAAGCAGCACCUUUUACAAUACAGUAACUCCAGAUGAUAAGUGCACCAAUAUAGGUCAAGAACCCAGCAACAACACCAAGUGAAGCAUAAACACCAAGAUAAAGACCAGCGUCAACAGUAGUACCAUUCUCAGCAUUAAUGUUAGACCAAUAACUCAACAAGUACUUUUCCCCAACAGUAACCAAUAAAGUAGCAAGAGUGCAUCCCAAAUAGAAUGAAAAGUACUUGUAAUCACAGGCAAUAAUGUAUUGCUUGAACACUUCCCAUGGGACAGAUCCCUUACGAGAAGUUUCCAAUUCAUGUGAUGUUUUAAGGGGAGUUGACACGUCAAUUUCAUCAUCUUCGUAAACAUGAGAAAAGGAAACACGAGAAGCACGACGAAGCUGUUCCUUGACAACCUGUUCGAUAUCCUGUCCAUGGAAAGCAGCUAUUUCGUGAUCACUUGGUACUUCUUCUUCAUCAUCAUCAUCAACAAUGGCUUCUUCAGAAGCAGUCUCUUCUGGCUCUUCUUCAUCUUUUCUUCCAUAAUCUUGAAUCAACUUGGCCAAUUCUCCAUUGUCACUCAUAACCUUAUCAUAAUCACCAUGUUCAACAAUGCAACCUUGUCUGAUUAAAUAAAUAUCACUAGCUUCAUGCAAGACAUGAACCAGAUUAGUAGCAAGCACCUUGGUACGAUCACCAAUAAUCCCAUCUUCACUCAACACUUGCUUAAUUAAGUUCUUACCAACAUGGGCAUCAACGGCACUUAAAACAUCAUCCAACAAGUAUAUGUCAGCACGGGAGUAGACAGCUCUAGCUAAGGAAAUACGGGCCUUUUGACCACCACUAAGAGAAAUCCCCUUUUCACCAACAAUAGUUCUGUCACCAUCCGGAAGUGACUUGAAAUCAGAAACUAACUCACAGGCUUUGAUCGUGGCUUGGUAGAACUUAGCAUCGUAACGAUGGCCAAACAAGAUGUUUU